GAUCUGAUAUUUUUUAAAAGGUCUUCAUUCAGUCAAAGCUUUUAUCUCUCACAAAAACCCAAUCGCGCCUCUCUCUCUCUCAGCGACGAACCCUAGGCCGUAGUUCUUCAUCUUCUCUGGCGUCUCAUCACCUCCUUCGCCACUUCUCCUACCGGAAUCCAUGGCUUCUCGCACCAAGAAGAGGACUUCAAGGCCAUCUACUCAAGCUACUCAUCCGGGCUCCUCUUCUCAACCUCCAACUUCAAACGAAAAUCAAAGGUUUGAAUUUGCUCUCAACCCUAGAAUUUUCUUUGAUAGUGAAGAAGCUUUGAAUUUCUAUCGUGAUAAUGUCCUUCCCCGGAAAAUUAUCACCCCCCGUUAUGUUGACCUUGAUGAUUUUGAGCGAGAUACUUCUUAUGAACCGGUUUUGUCUAAGCUUCGUUCUUCGAGGUUGAUAAAUGUUGUGACAAUUCAUGAAUCCCAUAUUUCGGUUAAUCAUAUUAAAGCUUUCUACUCCGAUAUGACUUUCAAGCGUAGAAAUCAUCAAUAUGUGAUUAUUUCUAAGUUUUGUGGUAAAGAGGUUACUAUUUCUAGUGGUGAAUUGAAUGAGAUGUUUGGCAUGGAGAAUAGUAACAAGGAGCUCACUACCCAAAAUAAUGAUCAAAACCCUUGGUAUAAUUUUGAUGAACAAAAGUGUUGGGAAGUGAUGAAUUUUCGACCCAAAUUCAAUGAAUCUGGACGGCCCAAGGUGAAUGGAAUGCAACCUCCUCAACGCCUCAUUCAAUAUAUUUCCUCAUAUAUCCUGUGUGGGCGCUCGGGCAAUCACCCUCAAAUGAGCAAAGACGAUGCGAUGCUUAUCUAUGCAAUCUUGAAGCCGGUGUAUAUCAAUUGGGGGAAGUACAUCUUGACUUACAUGAACUUGUGCCGGGCAAAGAAAAAAUCUCUACUGUACCCCAUGCUUCUCACCUAUCUUUUGAAAAGGAAGGGAUUUGAAUUUGCGAAGGCCGAGAUGGAGAGUGAAACUCCUUUUUGGAGGAUCAAGAGGCCAGCAGUAAUGAGAACCAAGCUUGAUGGUGACGAUGAAGAACGUGAAGAAAUCGGAACUUCUCAGUCACGUGUGGCUUCCCGGGGUGACAAGGACUUUGCAUUUUUUUACAACCACAAGCUCCAGCAAUUCUUUGCGACAGAGAGAGGCGGGCAAGAAGAACCAGAGAUGGAAGAGCAGAUCUAUGAAAUCCCAUGGUACAUACGUGAACCAGAGAGAGGCGGGCAAGAAGAACCAUGCCUUGCCUCAAGCCGUCAAAACCUCGGAUGGAAGAGAUUAGAUCUACGAGGGAGGGGGAUAUGGAAGGGAAGGCGGCAAGAAGAACCAUAGGAGUCAUCCGACGGUGCUAGAGAGUCGGCGGCGGCGGUGGUAGAGAAUCGCCGGCGGUGGUCGAGAAUUGCCGGCGGUGGUGUUGGCAAUCAGAGAUUGCGUAUGGGUAGAUUGGAAGAUGGAAGGUUGCAGGGGUAAAAUAGGAAAGUCAAAGCAAAUUUUAUCACACAUUAAUAUGCGUGCCCGGUCAAACCGGGAAGUUCUUUUUUGAACGGAGGGAGUAUAUUGAAAUUAUAUCAUGAUUUAUCCCAUAACCAUGCAUCUUGUCAGGUCGAGAUGUGGGGGUGGGUCCACCUUUUUUUUUUCAAAAAAUGCAAUCGUUUUUC